AUGUCCUACCCUGACAUCAACGAUCCGGCGACGAGCGUCCCUCCACCCGUCCCCGUCAGAGCCUCGAGCGAGUCGCAACUCCAUCGCGCAGGACCACCUGGUUCCUACGCCGGGAACAUCGAUCCGAGCUUGCGCGACUUUCUCCCAACAUCAGCUAGCGACAUACCAUACCCAACGGUGUCAUCCACGUUUAACCCUCAACAGCAAAUGAUGAACGCCAUGUCGCACACCCAGAAUGGCGCCCCGAUUCGCCAUGGUACCACAUCCACCGCGGCAGCCACCGGUGCCCCUCAUCUCAACACAGGAGAUCGAUGGUCUAAGCCCAUUGCUCCCGCUCGGAAGCGCACACUGCUGGACAUGACCGAGGAUGAGAAGCAGUUGGAGAGGGAAGAGGUGAGUUUCAAGAGGCAAGCAAAGCCCGCCGAGAGAACGGUCCGCCAAGCCCGAGAGCAGAAGAGUGGAUGGUCUAUCAACACUCCUGAGACCUUGGGCGCGGAGCACGGAGGAGGAGGAGCCAGGCUAGAACCGCCUGUUCAACCAGAGGUCGCCGCCCUUCUCGACUUCUCUGACGAUACCACCCAACUUUCGACCACGAGUCUCGACGGACCYCCGAUUCUACCGCUCAGCCUAAGGGCUGAUGUAAUCGCCAACUCCUGUCCGGCUGUAAAGUUCAGUGCCCAACAAGGAGACAACAAACAGACAGCGGAUGCAGCGGCCACAUACUUUGUUGCACCCCCAUUAUCGAACCCAUAUCAGGCCGCCUCUGAUCGAUCAGCGCCCCACGAAUGGUCAUCCCAGACUCGCCCACCUUUCACUUUGCCUCCGGACAACGAUGACUUGCAGGCAGACCCUAGAUAUGCACCUAGCUUUGCAUCGCCAUACCAGGGAGUGGGCCAGAGCAACUCGCGACCCUUCUCGCAGUCAUCGAGUGCAGCCGUCCGAGCUCCAGGAACUCCAAAUUCUAGCGAGUUGUUCCAGUCGGCGUCCUCCAGUAGCUACCAAWUCGACAGAUUCUCGAGUCAGCCCAGGAACGAAGACAUUGUGGRUGAUCCUUUCGCAGGCUUUGCGCAAUCGAGCAACUCGAAUAACUCUUCGGAUGGUAUGCAGGGGGUCUCGAGCGAGCAGCCUUUCCUCGGUCCGGCUGUCGAUGACUGCGACUUCUCACUAGUCGACAUGAUGAAAAUGAUCGAGGAGGGAACCGUGGAUGAAUGGCUCCAGCAGGAGUUCGAAGAGGCGAAUCGUGGUCCAGAUCCGUUUUCAAAUGAAGCAUAA